UCAGGCAAACCAAUAAUAUUGGAGGAUGCAGAAAAAUACUUCUUGCUGUUCCGAAGAAGAGUAAGAAAGGUCACAGUGUCAAAGACAGAGACAACUGGUGCAGUGAGAGUGGUUUUUCUUUUCUUUAAAUCUGUGAUGGAGGUUGGUUUUCUCACCUUUAUUCUUGCUUCCUUAUCUGUGGUAUAUUCUUGUCGCGUCGGCAUCACAGAUUGGAACAAUGUUGUGGUGGUCAGAGAAGGAAUGCUUACCACUUUGAUCUGCAAUGACACAGGUGUGAGAGGGCCUGUGACCAUUAACUGGAAGGUGAAGCUAUUUUGUACAAAUGAGUGGAAACUGAUCAUGUUAGCCAGUGCAAAUGAAAGGAUCUCUGGAAGUGCCUUGAAGCCAUCCAUGCAACUGACUGACUCUAACUUUAAAGACAGUGGGGUUUUCUCACUGUCUUUAAAGCCUGAAGCAGCAGACAUUGGUUUCUACUCAUGCUUGAUACGACAACAAGAGAAGAUACUUAAGGAGGAGAUUAUCCUUUUAGUCAUCCUUACAGUCAGCGUCGUCCCCGAUGUACCCAUUCCUCAGUACAGCACCCUGCGACUGAUUGCCAGCGUCACUCCUGACUUUGCCUUCACAAAGGUCACCUGGGCAGGACCUGGUGAUAUUACACUGAAGAGCGAAAAAAAGUCAAAGACCAACACUGUGGCCAAACUACCACAAGUUCUGAACAACGAUGAUGGUGCUUAUGUCUGUAUAGUUUACCCCCGGGGUAACAGCAGCAGCCGUCUCUUUGCUUUCAAUGUGGAUGUAACAGUUUCUGCUGACAAAGUGGCCUCAUUCACCAAUAUAACACAUGGUCCUCUGAUCUCCACUGCCAUUCAGGCUCACACAUCCUUCCUCUUAACCUGUCCUGGUGUUGUGGGGGACUAUGUGCAGGUGCACUGGGUUCCUCCAGACACCAGAAAUCAAAAUAAUACGAAGAAGGUGUUCGAUUACGACCGUUGGAGGGGUACUCUAAUGACUAAUCAAAACGAGAAACUACAGAUGGCUCGUCUACCCUACAACCCAGAGGCUGGGAGCUUUUCCUUUCUGCUUACUCCUGACUUGAAAGAUGGUGGCCUCUACGUCUGUGAAGUCUUGCUCAAUGACAACGUUUUCAGCCAGAGGACGUCGCUCAGCGUGCUGAAAGUUAAAAUCAAGAAAUAUUCCUCAAAGAUGGAGUUGAUCUGCCUCUACUCGGAGCGGUCCCAGGUCCGAAAAGUCGAGUGGAAGCAUCACAACGCGAGUCGAAAGCUAAAGAUGUCAAGCAGCAGCCUUGGCAGCAACACCACCAGUCUGCCCUUGCCCAUCACCUCUGACAUAGCAGGAAACUACACCUGCGUUCUCCACCUGAAAAAUGGGCAGGCCAUUCAGGCAACACAAGCUAUCACAGUGUCUCCAAAGGUUGUGCAGAAUUUGUCCAAAGAGAGUGUCGAUGACACCACCUCCUCCCCGCGCCCUUCUCUCACUGCUUUAUUACUCCUGGUGCCCCUGGUUGCCGCAGCUGUCGGUGUGUUGCUAUGGAGACAGAGACACAUUUCUGAUCGCGGUAUCGAGCAGUCUCUGUCUGUCCACUCGGGUGAAGCAGAGAACAUCUAUGAGAAUCCUGAAGAUAUUAGACAGGCCCCUCCCCAGGGUCCAGUCUACAUGAUACGAGCAGUGUCAAAGCUGAUCACCUACCCACAUCUCCCCCGUAUCCAGCUGUCACAUCCGCUCAGCUCCCAGCUGCUGCAGAAGGCCUUUUUAAACACAAGUAACAGCCAAAUGUCAGAGUUUGGAUUUAAAGAAAAACUUCAGUGCUUUAGGGACAUGCUACACAAUUGUUUAAAUGUUUUUACUCUAUUCUAAGCUAUUGUCAAGUAGUAAAGUUAAAGCAUUCUUUACUUAAAAUGCUUCAAAACCGGUCACCCAUGUAUAGCAGUUGAUACAGUACCCUACUUCUGUAUGUCAAAUGAUCUUUUCAUGAGUUUCCUUGCUGUCAGUCAUAUUUGCUGUUAUCCAAUUUUAUAAUCUUCUGCAAAUAAUAUAUGUACCAAUAAUUUUAUUUUAAUUAAUAUGUA